AUGAGCCCCCCUCCAAGUACACCUACGCCUAAAAGGUUUCUUUUACCAAAACGGGGCACGCAAUCAUCGCAAAAUCCUGCGACGUUGCCGCGUUUCCAGUCAACUCCUCGAUUUGCCCCCUCUUCUGUUCCGAGACCGACACAGGCAAGAGCCGGCAUAGAUAUUGAAGACGUUGAAGAAGUAGGAGACAAUUCGCAAGAAACCCUUCCAGGGAGUGACGAACCUCAAGUUCAGCUUAGAAAGCACGACUCAAUUCAUGACUCCAUCGAAAUUGAGUCUGAUGAUGCCACUGCGUCACAAGGUGGCAACAUAGUCAUCUCAGAUAACGAACCAGAUGAUGUUCUUCAAGACUCUGUGGACCUUGAGGUGUCUAACUCUACACCUUCGCAUUACGAUUCUCCAUCAUUGGAAGAGCGGGAACCGAAACGGCGAAGGGUAUCGAGUUCACCUCGGAGAGAAUCUAGCACACCAGAAGAGCAACGCAACCCAGACAACGAAUCCCCAGAAGAGGCUUACAAAAGUGGCCUUACUCCAUCAGGAGAGUCUACACAGAGUAUCCAGGAUGCCAUCAAUCUCAACAAUGAGUUAAAACCGCUUCAGCAACCAACCUUUCACGCGCCACCGCGCUUCAAGCCUGUUGACCUCGAUCCCGCAGUAGAUGGUCUACCCGCAGCAUUCUCGCCCCAACGCCGAGGGGCCAAAUACAUUGCUGGUGGCCUAGCAGCUGACCUCCAAGGCUGGCUCUCUGAAUUCAAGGGCUGGGAAGGUGCAGCACCAGCGACAACUCUGACCAAGAAAGUGAUUAUCGAGGAAAUUCGACCAGGUCGGCGAAUGUACCUAGUCAAAGCGCGGACCGGUGCAUCUGAAGAGGGUAGAUACCUGCUUGCAGGCGAAGGUAGGUUGACAGGCCUUGGCCCGAGGAUGCCGGUGAUCCUUGGGAGCGUUGUUGAUGUGGGACAGCCCGUAUGGGAUAUUAUGUUGGAUGGGCAGGUUUGGACAGUGGCGUGUGAUUGGGGCAUAUCUGAGAGCGGGAACACCGGUGAAAUGACACAUCUCUCAGUUGUUUGA